AUGGGGAUGGGCAUGGGGAUGGUGAUGGGCAUGGGGAUAGUGAUGGGGAUAGGCAUGGGGAUGGGCAUGGGGAUGGUGGUGGGGAUGGAUAUGGGGAUGGGCAUGGGGAUGGGCAUGGGGAUAGUGAUGGGGAUAGGCAUGGGGAUGGUGAUGGGGAUAGGUAUGGGGAUGGGCAUGGGGAUGGUGAUGGACAUGAUGAUUGGGAUGGGGAUAGGCAUGGUAAUGGGCAUGGUGAUGGGGAUAGUCAUGGGGAUAGGCAUGGGGAUGGUGAUGGGCAUGGGCAUGGGCAUGGGGAUAGUGAUUGGGAUAGGCAUGGGGAUGGUGAUGGGCAUGGGCAUGGGGAUAGUGAUUGGGAUAGGCAUGGGCAUGGGGAUAGGCAUGGGGAUGGUGAUGGGCAUGGGCAUGGGCAUGGUGAUGGGCAUGGGGACAGUGAUUGGGAUAGGCAUGGGGAUGGGCAUGGGGAUAGGUAUGGGGAUGGGGAUAGGUAUGGGGAUGGGCAUGGGGAUAGUGAUGGGGAUAGGUAUGGGGAUGGGGAUAGGUAUGGGGAUGGGCAUGGGGAUAGUGAUGGGCAUGGGGAUAGUGAUGGGGAUAGGUAUGGGGAUGGGGAUAGGUAUGGGGAUGGGCAUGGGGAUAGUGAUGGGCAUGGGGAUAGGCAUGGGGAUGGGCAUGGGGAUGGUGAUGGGGAUGGAUAUGGGGAUGGGCAUGGGGAUGGGCAUGGGGAUGGUGAUGGGGAUAGAUAUGGGGAUGGGCAUGGGGAUAGUGAUGGGGAUAGGUAUGGGGAUGGGCAUGGGGAUGGUGAUGGACAUGAUGAUGGGGAUGGGGAUAGGCAUGGUAAUGGGCAUGGUGAUGGGGAUAGUCAUGGGGAUAGGCAUGGGGAUGGUGAUGGGCAUGGGCAUGGGCAUGGGCAUGGGCAUGGUGAUGGGCACUGGGACAGUGAUUGGGAUAGGCAUGGGGAUGGGCAUGGGGAUAGGUAUGGGGAUGGGGAUAGGUAUGGGGAUGGGGAUAGGUAUGGGGAUGGGCAUGGGGAUAGUGAUGGGGAUAGGUAUGGGGAUGGGCAUGGGGAUAGUUAUGGGGAUGGGCAUGGGGAUAGUGAUGGGCAUGGGGAUAGUGAUGGGGAUAGGUAUGGGGAUGGGCAUGGGGAUAGUUAUGGGGAUGGGCAUGGGGAUAGUGAUGGGCAUGGGGAUAGUGAUGGGCAUGGGGAUAGUGAUGGGCAUGGGGAUAGUAAUGGGCAUGGGGAUAGUGAUGGGCAUGGGGAUAGUUAUGGGGAUGGGCAUGGGGAUAGUGAUGGGCAUGGGGAUAGUGAUGGGCAUGGGGAUAGUGAUGGGCAUGGGGAUGAGUGGUAGACAGAGUGAGUUGAUCUUUAAAGUUCUAGGAUAUCAAAACAACUGUGAAAACGUCCCAUCGACCAAUCCCACUCCCCUACAGCUGCAGCCCUGCUGA